UGAGAACGGUGACUGUUGGCCGUGGAUCCAUUUCACAGGCCUGCCUUCUCUCACUAACGAUCUUCCUCGUCCCCGGGCCAACUCGGACAGUUUGCUCAUUUAUUGCAACGGUCAAGGCUGGCUCCUGCCAGAACAGCGCGCGCGCGCACACACGGGGGGAAAACUUUUUUUCUUUAAAAAAAUGAAAGCCUAGACUAGCUCACCAGCGGCGCGGGCGCUGCGCGAGGGGUUCGGAGUUGACUCCCUGCAGCAGGAAAUCCCUCGGGUCGCGACGCCCGGCCCCCUCUCGGCGCCCGCGGGGGAUGGUGCAGCGCUCGCCGCCGGCCCCGAGAGCUGCUGCACUGAAGGCCGGCGACGAUGGCAGCGCGCCCGCCGCCCGCGCCCCCCGCCCGCGCCCUCCUGCUCGCCCUGGCCGGGGCUCUGCUCGCGCCCCGCGCGGCCCGAGGGGUGAACUUGGGAAGCAAGUUAGCACCUUCCAUGGAACAGGCCCAAAGGCGGGAGUCGGGAGGAGCUGCUGAGGUCCUCAGUGCCUCUCUUUUGAGUGGAGACCUCUGGAACCCGAUGGACAGGAUCGACUCAAAGAAUCAUCCACAAGUGUUGAAUUUUCGAUUACAACUGGAAAGCAAAGAACUGAUCAUAAAUCUGGAGAGAAAUGAAGGUCUCCUUGCUAGCGGUUUCACGGAAACUCAUUACCUGCAAGAUGGCACUGAUGUCUCCCUUGUUCGAAAUUACACGGGUCACUGUUACUACCAUGGACAUGUGCAAGGAUAUUCUGGUUCGAUGGUCAGUCUCAGCACUUGCUCUGGUCUCAGGGGACUUAUUACGUUUGAAAAUAAAACCUACAUCUUAGAACCAAUGAAAAAUGCAACCAAUAGAUACCAGCUCUUCCCAGCGGAGACCCUGAAGGGCGUCUGGGGGUCGUGUGGAUCACAUCACAACACGUCGGGGCUCGCUGCGGAUAACAGGCUCCCACCACCCUCCCAGAGGCGGGCAAGAAGGCAUAAAAGAGAGACCCUCAAGAUGACCAAGUACGUCGAGCUGGUUAUUGUAGCAGACAACCGGGAGUUUCAGAGGCAAGGAAAAGAUCUGGAGAAAGUUAAGCAGCGAUUAAUAGAGAUCGCUAAUCACGUUGACAAGUUUUACAGACCCCUGAACAUUCGAAUAGUGUUGGUCGGCGUGGAGGUGUGGAAUGACAUCGACAAAUGCUCUAUAAGUCAGGACCCAUUCACAAGCCUCCAUGAAUUUCUGGACUGGAGAAAGAUGAAGCUUCUACCUCGCAAAUCCCAUGACAACGCACAGCUUAUCAGUGGGGUUUAUUUCCAAGGGACCACCAUCGGCAUGGCCCCGAUCAUGAGCAUGUGCACGGCCGAGCAGUCCGGAGGAAUCGUCAUGGACCAUUCAGACAGCCCCCUUGGUGCGGCCGUGACCCUGGCACAUGAGCUGGGCCACAAUUUCGGGAUGAACCAUGACACCCUGGAGAGAGGCUGUAGCUGCAAGAUGGCUGCCGAUAAAGGAGGCUGCAUCAUGAACCCUUCAACUGGGUACCCGUUCCCCAUGGUGUUCAGCAGCUGCAGCAGGAAGGACCUGGAGGCCAGCCUGGAGAAAGGCAUGGGGAUGUGCCUCUUUAACUUGCCAGAAGUCAAGCAGUCUUUCGGGGGCCAGAAGUGUGGGAAUGGAUACGUGGAAGAAGGCGAGGAGUGUGACUGCGGGGAACCGGAGGAAUGUACGAAUCUCUGCUGCAAUGCCACCACCUGUACCCUGAAGCCGGACGCUGUGUGCGCACAUGGGCUGUGCUGUAAAGACUGCCAGCUGAAGCCUGCAGGAACAGCAUGCAGGGACUCCAGCAACUCCUGCGACCUUCCGGAGUUCUGCACAGGGGCCAGCCCCCACUGCCCAGCCAACGUGUACCUGCAUGAUGGGCACCCGUGUCAGGGGGUGGACGGCUACUGCUACAACGGCAUCUGUCAGACCCACGAGCAGCAAUGUGUCACGCUCUGGGGACCAGGUGCUAAACCUGCCCCUGGGAUCUGCUUUGAGAGAGUCAACUCGGCAGGUGACCCUUAUGGCAACUGUGGCAAAGACUCCAAGAGUUCCUUUGCCAAAUGUGAGACGAGAGAUGCCAAAUGUGGAAAAAUCCAGUGUCAAGGAGGUGCCAGCCGGCCAGUCAUUGGUACCAAUGCAGUUUCCAUAGAAACGAAUAUCCCACUGCAGGAAGGAGGCCGGAUUCUGUGCCGUGGGACCCACGUGUACUUGGGCGAUGACAUGCCGGACCCAGGGCUUGUGCUUGCCGGCACAAAAUGUGCAGAUGGAAAAGUCUGCCUCAACCGUCGAUGUCAAAAUGUCAGCGUCUUCGGUGUUCACGAGUGCGCCCUGCAGUGCCACGGCCGAGGGGUGUGUAACAACAGGAAGAACUGCCACUGCGAGGCCCACUGGGCGCCUCCCUUCUGUGACAAGUUUGGCUUUGGAGGAAGCACAGACAGCGGACCCAUCCGGCAAGCAGAUAACCAAGGUUUAACGAUAGGAAUCCUGGUGACCAUCCUGUGUCUCCUUGCCGCUGGAUUUGUGGUCUAUCUCAAAAGGAAGACAUUGAUCCGACUGCUGUUUACAGAUAAAAAAACCACCAUUGAAAAGCUAAGGUGUGUGCGCCCUUCCCGGCCAUCCAGUGGCUCCCAGCCUGCUCAGGCUCACCUCACCCACCUCAGCAAAGGCCUGAUGAGGAAGCCACCGCAUUCCAACACCCCGAAGGACAAUCCCAGGAGACUCCUGCAGUGUCAGAACGUUGACAUCAGCAGACCCCUCAAAGCCCUCGACGUCCCUCAGCCCAGUUCGCCUCAGCGAGUGCUCCUGGCCCUCCACCAGGCUCCUCCUCGUGUGCCCACCGUCCCCGCCAGACCUCUGCCGGCCAACCCUGCACUCAGGCAGGCCCAGGGAACCCGUAAGCCAAACCCUCCUCAGAAGCCUCUGCCUGCAGAUCCUUUGAACAAGACGACCCGGCUCACCAAUGUCUCAGCCAGGACCCUGGGACAGCAGGAAUCCGGGGUCCGCCUGGCGCCCCUCAGACCUGCUCCGAAACAUCCACAUCAAGUGCCCAGACCCACUCACACCGCCUAUAUCAAGUGAGACACAAGCCAACACCUUUUUUCAACAGUGAAGACAGAAGUUUGCACUAUCUUUCAACUCCACUUGGAGUUAGUUUUUGUACCAACUUUUAGAAUUUUUUUUAAUGUUUAAAACACCAUUAUUUUAAGAACUUUGAGCUACUGCCGUCGGUGCUGUGCUGUGCUAUGGUGCUCUGUAUACUUGCUCAGGUACUUGUAAAUUAUUAAUUUAUGCCAAAUGCCUGUUACAGUGCAGUGCGCUGUAGUAGGCAUUUUUACCAUCACUGAGUUUUCCACGGAAGGAAGGCUUCUUGUGCUUUUAAUAGUUGUGAACUUGAAAUAUCAUGCUUUAUGGGAUUCUGGACAGGAUGUUUACUUUUGGCUUGAGGCUUUAUUGGAGAGCAGCUCCCCGGCUACUCAUGGCUGUGGUUAUGGUACUGGACACAGCUCAGGAGACCCCAGGUAGAACCCUGAGUGAUUUUCUGGAACCCCUGAUCUCAGGCCAGAGCCAGGGGCUUCAGGUCAAGGCUGUGCUUGGAUUUCAGAGAGACCCUGGUCCCUGUCACAGCUGACAGGCUGGCCCAUCAGAGGUGACAUCUUGAAGCUCCAGGAUAGCAGGGAAGGGUCUGGCUCCUGGUUGCAAAAAGGCAUUUUAGGGUGUGACCAUGCCAGGAUAGAGACUGGAAGACAAGGCCAGGCAGAAACCUGACCUGGAGGCUCACCAGCCAGGAGCACAUUUGGAGAGCAGGCAAAGAAGUUUGCUUUACGGAAACACCAUGAACUUCUUUUCCUGGCUGCCCUUUACAGAGUGCUGGCAUCAGCGCUUUAUUGAGGUGGGGAAAAGGUGGUGUUUCUGCAAGAAAGCUGCUGCCCAGGCCCUGCACGCCUCCACCUCCCCGUGCUGUUUGGGGCUAAGCAAAUUACCCCAUGUCUUCUCUGCUGGAAUACAGUGAUCCUGUGUUCAGACAGAUAGAUGAGGCUUUCCAUGGGACCAUAACUAUUUUCAGAUGUGAACCAGUAACCAGAUCUAGUGAAUCAAUUCUGUUGAUAAAAGUCUCCUUUUAUUGCAAGGUUCAACUUAUUAAAAAUUAGCCAGAAUCCCUAGGCUUGCAAAAGCUACAACCAAAUGGAAUGCUGUGUUCGUUGGUGUAGGCUAUGUCUGCUUUCCUUAUUAGUGUAUGCUGGACAAAGAACCAUGAGUUAUUAGUAAGUUGUCUUUGGGGCAUCCUAUUUUCCCAGCUUGGCUGCAGGAACCGUGAGAAGAUGUUUUUAGCAUAAAGUGAAUCUAUUUCUUAAACACUUGCAACCUACCUGUUGAGCAUCACAGAAAGUGAUGAGGAAAUCAAUUUCCUGAUCCUAAAUAUUCAUAAAAUGCAGUCUUGGGCAGCAGCCCCUUCAACCUUUUACUCUUCAAAGGUCUGAUGGGGAAGCCGUUUUCACAAGAUCUUGAAGACGCCUGUAUCUAAUGGCAUGAAAAUUACAAAAAAAAACACUCAGACAAGGUAAAAUGCCAUUAUGCCUCUCGUCUUCGUGGGGUCAUAUGUGACUAGUUUUCACAUUAGGAGGCAAUUGACAAGAGUUCCGUAAUUCACUCUGAGUGUGUUAUGAUAAAGACUUCAUCUGGGGUUAUUUCAAUGAUUUUUCUAUGCCUUGAAGCAGAAAGACAAAACGUCCCAAGCAUCUUGGUUUGCCUUCCAGAAAACAAGACUGCAUUUAGCCCUCCCCAUGUUCCCUGCAGUAUCUAGGCAACAUAGUAUUCACGACUGUGGAUAAACUAAGUAAAUCCAUAUCACAAAACACACACAAAAGGGAACCCAGCUCUAAUACAUUCCAAUUCUUAUAGCAUGCAUCUGUUUAUUAUACAAUUAUUAAUGUCUUAAAAAUGUAAAGCCAUGUUAUAAAAUAUUACUGCUGAUGAGUACAUACAGAAUUACUGUAAUUGAUAUUAUAUAAUUGUAUUAAGGCCAAAACAUAUACUAUUGAAAAGUUUACAGAAUUUUUAUGGUGCAUUAUGUGGGUAUUGUCUUUAUAGCUGCCCAAAUCCUUAGAUCUGGCAUUUGUGCCCCUUCUCCUAUUGUGGGGAGAGGAUGUGAACUGACUUUGUGUGUGUCUGUCCUUAGUUACAAUUCCUGUGCUUCUAUUUCAGAGAACCAGGAAUCGUUUGAUAUUAAAGGAAGUUAAUGCUGUGAUCUUACACCAUGUCAUCAAUGGCCACUUAGGGGCUGUGGCUGGUGACACAUUCUUAUCUCUACAGUACUAAUUGCUUUUUUAGAGCCAUGCAAUUUAUUUCUGGAUAAGAACAUAUUUAAACCUAAUAUCCCCUCAUAAUACACAGAUAUUAUUAAAGGAACAAUACUUCCAAGAUGCAGUAUUUAGCAGCUGAAGCAUACUUAGCAAUAACUUCCAUUAUAAUAUAACUUAGGAAAGGAACCCAUAGCCAGGUUUUGGGAGGAGGGAGUUAUUCCUCCCCCUUUUUAUAUCCUCAUAGAUGACGGAAACAAAAAUAAAUACUUAUAUUUCAAUGGCAGUCUAUUUUUAAUAUGUUUUUAAAUUUUAUAGGCAUGAAUAAUAGAGUUGAUUUGAGUUUAUAAGGCCUUCACUGAGCAAGUCAAGGUGCUCAGACACAAAGUAGGCCCUGAGGCUAGUCACUGUUCUUCCUUCAUUGUCUUAUCGUUGUAGGUUAUCUGACUCCACUUUACUGGGAAGUAUAUGGCUAGUGUUCCAGGCAUUCUAUUUAAAAGCCCAUCUCAUGAAAUUUUUUGUAACAGUUUGUUUUCCUGACACAUGGAAUCAGAUGUGUAGCAACCAAGAGAAACAAUGCAUAACAUUUUCCAUUGUCAAAAUAUGUACACAGGGGUUACACUUCCAGCUUACACAUGUGGGAUGACAUCACGGAAACCACAAAAGCAACAAAUUAAACUACAUGAGAAUAAAUACUCCUGACUGACUAGUCUCAGAGGGGACAUUUUUAUGCCUUCUUAACUUUAUUAGGAAUUCUCAGGCUGAAACCAUAAGGCCAUUGUUCUCUGGCAAAUCAAUACAAUACAUCAAUAUAUCCCCUAAAAGAAAAACAGCAAAAACGCUGAGAUCUGUGUCAGACUGUUCUUGGGAGCCUGUGCUCUGCCAUGGUGCUAAAGAGAGCCUGAUGCUGGGCCAGCUAGAGUGCCGGAGCAUCUUCCUGCCAUCUCCCAACUGAUGUUUACUAAGCACUCUGAGCCAAUGAGACCCUGACAAGUGAAAGGGCGCAAUGCCUGGGCAGCUGGGCCAGAUCUUUCUCCUGCGACUUGACCCUUCUGCAGUCUUUCCUUGUGAGGCUUAUUUCAUUUAAAACUUGUGCUAUGGAGGGCUCCCCUAGGAGUUCUGGGCGGAGGAAGACCAGGGCAGACUUGCUCAGAAGAUCUUCCCUCAUUGCUACCAAAAUGACUGCAGCCAAACACAAGUGACCCAGGUGAACGUUACACCAACCCGCCCAGACGUCUCCCAAUGCCAGUGGUGACCCCCAGGUUGACUCUCAGGCUGUGGAUUUCACACGCUAUGGCUGGCUGGUGGAGAAUGUUGCGGCUACCAUCCUUUCUCCUCCCCAGCACCACAGAGGCCAGUCCUAGGCUGCCACACUUACUCCCCUCGACUCAUGAGCAGGCCCAUAAACACAUCUGGACGCAGGCAGCCAAGGCUAAUACAUCCGUUUGCCUCUCCUGGUCACCCAGACACAAGUCCCUUUUCCAGGCCAAACCCAGGGCUGAGGCCUCUCCAAUCGCUGCCAAAUCUCUGCGUUCAUGGCCACUUCACAUCAGCCAAAGCGGUGAUGGCUGCAGCGUGUGGCUGCCCCUGCAAGUCCACCCUCUGGACACCCAAAGUCCAACCUUCUCCAGGGCCGCAGUACGGAGCAACCCCACCAUCUACCCCACUGGCCGUGAAUCCAGCAGAGUCCCUCCCACAGACAUAUCACGCCCCCAGUGAGCCCCCACCUAGACUUAUUCUAAUUGGAAGAAGGAGUUAGCCAUCGAAAGUCAGUUUAUCUAUGAUUGCAAAAUUCUCUUGACUCACUCUGCAGUUCCUAUUGACAUCCACUUCUUUUAAACCUAUUUGAAAACUCUGAUAGUGAUACAAGUAACACACUAAGAAAGGUUCGUGAGCCCCAGGCUGAGAACCGUUUCUGUGCAGUGAGGAUGCUUCCAGAAGCCAUUUACCUACACAUGUAUGAACUGCCUCCCCGCUUUCCGUAAAGAAACCCCCCUCUUUACUCUUGGGGCAGGAGUGGCAGCUUAUAAUCCAGCCCGUCAGAGCCUGUUUCAUGAGAAAAAACUAAGAGAAGAAACUCUGCAUAUAAAAUUAUUAUAAUAUUCAAUAAUGGAGAGUGACAGCCAGAAGACUUAACACGAUUAAAGGAAUUCUCAGUGUCAUUCGGCGCUUCCAGAUCGCGUGCUCUGUCACUCACAUUUCCCACAUCAGCUUCAAAAAGCAUGUCCUAGGUUCUUCCUGUGAUUCUCCCUCCAUAAAAUAAUCUAGUCCUCAAUUGAGUGUGUUUUAAAUCCAGAAAAAAGAAUACCAUGUGAUCAUUUUAGUUUUACAAAGAAGUGGAAUGACGUCUAUGUUCAUGGCCUAUAAGCAGGUACUUAAGUAGGGCGGUAAUAGAAAAAAAAAAUACAUCAAAUUAGAAAGACAAAAAAUUCCUCCAAGAGUCCAAAGCAGGACAAGUAGUGGCAGAGCUAGCUGUCCUCUUGUGCCUUCUACCAGCUCAAAUUGGGAGGUUGCAGGGGAAGCCCAUUGUCUGAAUGUGUGUGGCAACUGUUAAGUGUAACUCCAUAAAACCAGGCUCCAGGCUAUUCAGCACAGUACAAAGUUACAGCUACUAAACCAGCACAUUAAUUUCAUAGUGCUUCAUCCAUUUAUAAUGCUUUGGUUUGCUAAUUAUUUUCACAUACAUUUUUAUGUUACAGUCUGUUAACAUUUGUACACAUUUCUCAUAUUGGGGUUCUCCAGGUAACACAACCUGCUAUUUCCAUAGAAAAAGUCAUUGUUAAGAAUAUUAUAUCCAAUAAAUGGUA